AUAAGGUGACCUUAGUCCUUACGGUAUAUAAGUAAGUUUCCUCUCUAAAACAAGGAGAAGCUGAAAAGAAAAAGAAAAAAAACUUGAUCAAUGGAAGAAGCAAGGUCGAGAAAGCUAGGUGGCUCUCUGAAAGUGCCUAAUGUUCAACAACUUGCAAAGCAACAAUUAGCAGCCGUUCCGCCGCGAUAUAUUCGUAAUGAUAUCGAAAAUCAAUCACAUUCUUCCAUAGUUAUAUUGCCUCAAGUUCCAGUUAUUGACAUGAAAAAACUGCUAGAAAUUGGAGAUGAUGAUGAUACAGAGCUUAACAGGUUUCAUCUUGCUUGCCAAGAAUGGGGAUUUUUCCAGCUGGUGAAUCACGGAGUGAGUUCAUCAUUGAUGGAGAAAGUGAAGUCAGAAACCAGAGCAUUUUUCGAUCUACCAAUGGAAGAGAAGAAGAAAUUUGAGCAAGAAGAAGGAGAUCUCGAAGGAUAUGGGCAAGCCUUUGUUGUAUCUGAAGAACAAAAAUUAGAUUGGGCUGACAUACUUUACAUGAUCACUCUCCCUACUCAUUUGAGAAAGCCUCACUUGUUUCCAAAGCUUCCCCCUUCACUCAGGGAUGCGCUGGAACAAUACACAAUAGCACUCAAGGAGCUUGCUAUGAAAAUUCUCUACACAAUGGCAAGAACUUUAGGGAUGAAAGCAGAGGAUAUGAAUGUACUAUUUGAAGAAGACGCGACACAAAUGAUGAGAAUAAAUUAUUACCCACCUUGUCCUCAACCCGAGCUUGUAAUGGGCUUAUGCCCUCACACUGAUUCUAUUGGUUUAACCAUACUCCUUCAAGUUAAUGAAACUGAAGGCCUUCAAAUUAAGAAAGAUGGAGCUUGGAUUCCUGUUCCAUAUCGUCCUGAUGCAUUUGUUAUCAACAUUGGAGACAUUUUAGAGAUUGUUACAAAUGGAAUUUACAAGAGCAUCGAAUAUCGAGCCAUCGUUAACGAGGACAAGGAGAGGAUCUCGAUUGCUACAUUUUUGAGCCCCAAAUUGGAUAAAACGAUUGAAGAGUACGCGGAAGAAAUAAAGGAGCUAAGCAUGAAAGUUUUGAAAAUGUUGGGUAAAGCUUUGGGGAUUGAUGAAGAAGAAGUGAAGAGUCUUUUUGAAGAAGGGAUGCAAUCAAUGAGGAUGAAUUACUAUCCAACAUGUCCACAACCAGACAACGUAAUGGGCAUUUGCCCUCACUCUGAUGCCUCUGCUUUAACUAUCCUUCUUCAAGUCAAUGAAACUCAAGGUCUUCAAAUUAAAAAAGAUGGAAUUUGGAUUCCUGUUUUACCCCUUCCUAAUGCUUUUGUAGUCAAUGUUGGAGAUGCUUUUGAGAUUUUCUCAAAUGGAAUUUACAGAAGCGUAGAGCAUAGAUCUGUGGUGAACUCAGAAAAAGAAAGGAUUUCAGUGGCAACAUUUCAUAGUCCAAGAUUGGAUUCUGCUUGCAGAGAAUGGGGAUUUUUCCAGGUGAUAAACCAUGGAGUGAGUGGUACAUUAGUUGAGAAAGUAAAAAAGGAUACUCAAGAUUUCUUCAACCUGCCACCAAAAGAAAAGGAAAUGUUGAAGCAAGUGGAUGGUGAUAUGGAUGGUUAUGGACAAGCUUUUGUUGUUUCUGAGGAACAGAAACUUGACUGGGCUGAUAUGUUUUUCUUGACAACCCUCCCUACUUAUUUCAGAAAACAACAUAUUUUCUCCCACCUCCCUCAACCAUUCAGAAGAACAGUGGAACUAUAUGCAGCUGAAUUGAAAAAACUGGCUUUAAAGAUGAUUGAUUUUGUAGCAAAAGCAUUGAAUAUGGAUGAAGAAUACAUAAGGGAACUGUUUGGAGAAGGAAUGCAAUCAAUGAGGAUGAAUUACUAUCCUGCAUGUCCACAACCAGAGAAAGUGAUAGGACUCACUCCUCAUUCAGAUGCAGUAGGCCUUACAAUUCUCCUUCAACUCAACCAAAUGGAAGGACUUCAAAUCAAGAAAGAUGGCCUGUGGAUUCCUAUUAGUCCUCUUCCUAAUGCUUUCAUUAUCAACAUUGGUGAUAUCUUGGAGAUAGUGACUAAUGGAGCCUACCGUAGCAUUGAGCACAGGGCAAUGGUUAACAGCGAAAAGGAAAGACUCUCAAUUGCAACAUUUUACAACACAAAACUUGACGGACAAAUUUGUCCUGCUCCGAGCAUCAUUUCUGCUAAAAAUCCAGCAAAGUUCAGAAGUAUUGGAGCUGCAGAUUAUUUCAGAGGUUUAUUUUCUCGGAAACUUGAUAAGAAAUCGUACUUAGAUGUUAUGAGAAUUGAAAAUUUUGAGAAUCCAGCAAGUUGAAACUCGACAGCAUUGACCCUAGCUACUUAUGAAUUAUGUUAAAGUAGUAAUCCUCUAUAUGAUUAAAUACUUGUGGAUUAUUUUCUUCUAGUUAUUGUUACUAUGUAUUAAUCUUCUUUAGAA